AAACAGAUAUAUAUAUAUAGAGUCCGUUUUGUUUGUUAUCAUCAGUUUUAUCUCCAUAUUUUCCUUUCUGUAUCCACCCGCCCUUCUUUGAAGAGAAUAUAUGGAGUCCAAGGCAGAAGAAGAUCUGCCACACGUCAACAGCAAUAGAGAUACACAAGGUGCUUCAGAUGCACUCACUGCAGAUAAUAAUACCCUUCAUCGCCGAACUUCUUUACCAGUGACCAUUAGAAAUGAUAAUUUAUGCUGUGAUACCAAUAAACCAUCGUUCACAGCAAAUGAAAUCGCAAUAGACCAGUUUGUCAGCAAAGAACAAAAAAUUAAAGUAAAAGUCAGUAAGCAACUGCCGCCCGAUCUUGAACCUCGUGCUCGUUGUAAAGAAGAACAACGAGAAGCUGGACAUUUUUUAAAAGAAAGGCAGGAUAUAUCAUGGAAGGCAAAAGCUGUUGUCCUAUUCUCCAUGUUGAUCAUGCCAGUUGGCUGUCAUUAUAUGGAAGCAACACUCGGUACACUCAAGACGACACUCAAACACUCGAUGAAUAUCAACAAUACUCAAUUUAGUAUUCUUAUGUCUGCUGUCUCUGUCGUGAAUACUGUCCUGCCGUUUUUCGCAGGUGCUUUUGCCGAUGACUUUAAUUCUUCCAUAGGCACUGUGCGAGGAACACUCGCCACGAGCAUGGUUAUUUUUGUCGGCAGCUUGUUGGUUAGCGUAGCCGUCAAUAACAACAAUUAUCCAAUGAUGCUUGCUGGUCAAGUCAUCUAUGGCCUUGGGGACGGUGUCAUUGUCACGUUUCAGGAAGCCAUCCUCUCUCGUUGGUUUCGAAAUAAACAACUCUCGAUUGUCGUUGGUAUCAUGCUGUCCGUGGCGCGGUUAACCAAAUUUAUUGCGAAAGCAGUGUGUUAUCCCUUGGCUGAUUACGCCGGCACAACAACAAGACCCGUGACAGUAGCCAUGAUUUUAUGUGCGCUUUCUGUAGUAGCCAACAUGGCCUAUUGGUGCGUGAUGGUCAAACAAGACUUUGCGACGUUGUUGGGAAAAGAAAAACACAUUGGUACCAAGCGUUACAAGCGUUUAAAGCAGGAUGCCUUCCAUUACAGCACUCUCCUUUACCUUCCUUCUACCUUCUGGAUGAUGCCUUGGCUACAAUUUACCAUGUCCAGCGUCCUGAGUAGCUUCACUGAUAUCGCCACCGAGUUUGUCCAAUUUCGAUUCAAAACCACGCGUGUCAAAGCUGGCUACGUCAGUAGCUUGACCCAGUUGGCUCCCAUCGUUUUGGCUCCUUUAUUGGGCCUUUAUGCACAUCGCUAUGGUAAACGCUUG